AAAAAAAAAAAUAAAAAGCGAGCCAAUAAUUUAUCAGGUUAUGAUUUUUGUUUUGUUACAAUAAUAGUUACAAAUUUUCUAUUAAAUUGGAUGUAAUCGUGUAAUCUUCGUGAGUUAUCAUCAUGGCUUAUCAUUAUGUUGUUACUGCACAGAAACCGACGGCUGUCACAGCUUGUAUUACCGGAAAUUUCACAUCACCGACGGACCUAAAUCUACUUGUGGCCAAGGUAUGUCGCCUAGAGAUGUACCUGGUGACUCCAGAAGGUCUACGGCCAAUGAAAGAAAUUGGGCUGUAUGGCAGAGUGGCUAAAAUGAAGCUGUUCAGGCCUCCAUAUGAAGACAAAGAUUUAGUAUUCAUAUUAACUGCUCGCUAUAAUGCUAUGAUAUUGGAAUGGAGGACUGGCAGCAAUGGUGAAUUAGAGGUGGUGACAAGAGCUCAUGGCAAUGUAGCCGACCGUAUUGGGAAACCCUCAGAAAAUGGCAUCUUAGUUGUGAUAGACCCACAGGCUAGAGUGAUUGGAUUGAGAUUAUACGAUGGACUAUUUAAAAUCAUACCACUGGAUAAGGAUUCCACUGAAUUGAAAGCUAUUAGUUUGAGGUUAGAAGAGUUAAAUGUUUACGAUGUAGAGUUUUUGCAUGGAUGCUCCAAUCCCACAUUAAUUUUAAUACACCAAGAUUUAAAUGGAAGACAUAUUAAGACACAUGAAAUUAGUUUAAGAGAUAAAGAAUUCAUUAAAAUUGUGUGGAGACAAGAUAAUGUGGAAACAGAAGCUUCUAUAUUGAUUCCUGUGCCAAGUCCUCUGGGUGGUGCUAUUGUGAUUGGCCAAGAAUCUAUCGUGUACCACGACGGUCAGAGUUACGUGGCCGUUGCUCCACCACAGAUAAAGUUGACCCCAAUAAAUUGCUACUGUCGUGUCGAUACCCGCGGACUGCGGUACCUACUGGGCGAUAUAGCUGGUCGGCUGUUCAUGUUACUGCUGGAGUUACAGGAGAAAAUUGAUGGCACGCAAGCUGUUAAGGAUCUGAAAGUGGAAUUAUUAGGCGACAUUCCCAUACCGGAGUGCAUGACGUAUCUGGACAACGGUGUAGUAUUCAUCGGCUCUCGGCUCGGAGACUCUGCCCUAGUCAGGUUGUCGGCGUCCCGCGACGAGUCCACACAGUACGUGCAGCCGAUGGAAAGCUUCACCAGCCUCGCGCCCAUCGUUGACAUGUGCGUCGUCGACCUUGAACGACAGGGACAGAACCAACUCAUCACGUGCUCGGGGGCAUUCAAAAUGGGCUCGCUGCGUAUAAUCCGUAACGGGAUCGGCAUCCAGGAGCAGGCGUCGAUCGACCUGCCCGGCAUCAAGGGCAUGUGGGCGCUCACACUCGCGCCCGGCGGCACGCAUCACGACACGCUCGUGCUGUCCUUCGUAGGGCAGACCAGAGUGCUGACUCUGAAUGGAGAGGAAGUAGAAGAGACAGAGAUCAAGGGUUUCGUAUCAGAUCGACAGACAUUCUUCACUGGGAACGUGUGUCAUGAUCAGCUAAUACAGGUGACGGACGAGGGCGUGCGGCUGGUGGCGCGCGGGCCGGACGGCUGGGCGCUGGCGGCGCAGUGGCGCGUGGGCGGCGCGCGCGGCGUGUCGGUGGUGGCGUGCGGCGCCGCGCGCGCCGUGUGCGCCGCCGGCCCGCGCCUCUACCUGCUCGCCGUGCGCCGCGCCGCGCUCGAGCUGCUCGCUGAAGUAUGCAUGGAUGAAGAAGUAGCCUGUCUAGAUCUUGGCCCAGGCGGUGACGAAGCGCUACUCGGUGUCGGUCUAUGGACCGACAUUUCGAUCAGAGUACUAAAAUUACCAGACCUACGGCCACUGCAUAUCGAGAAAUUAUCUGGUGAAAUAAUACCGCGGUCGCUGCUGAUCUGCGUACUAGAGGGCGUGUGUUACCUGCUGUGUGCAUUAGGCGACGGCUCCAUGUUCUACUUCACUGUGGACCAGCAGACCGGCGCGCUCGCCUGCCGGAAACGCGUCACGCUCGGCACUCAACCCACCGUGUUGCGCAGCUUCCGAUCUCUGUCCACAACAAACAUAUUUGCAUGCUCGGACCGUCCAACGGUGAUAUUCUCAUCGAACCACAAGUUGGUCUUCUCCAACGUGAACCUCAAGGAGGUGACCCACAUGUGCUCGCUGAACGCGCUCGCGUACCCGGACAGUUUGGCGCUAGCGACAGACAGCACGGUGACCAUCGGCACCAUCGACGAGAUACAGAAGUUGCACAUCCGCACCGUGCCGCUGGGCGAGACGCCGCGCAGGAUCGCCUACCAGGAGGCGUCGCAGACGUUUGGCCUGCUGACGAUGCGCGUGGACAAGGUGGAGUGGUGCGGCGGCGGCGGCGAGGCGGCGGGCGAGGCGGCGGCGGGUGGCGGCGGUGGUGCUGGUGUAGGCGGCGGCGGCGGCGUGGUGGCGGCGCGAGGCAGCGCGUCCACGGCGGCGGCGAGCUGCAGCGGCGCGGCGCCGCAGCAGCCCAAGCACGCGCCCAACGCACUCGACCUGGAGGUGCACAACCUGCUCGUCGUCGACCAGCACACCUUCGAAGUGCUCCACUCGCACCAGCUUACGUCGUACGAGUUUGCGAUGUCGCUGGUGUCGUGCCGGCUGGGUGACGACCCCAACCAUUACUAUGCCGUCGGCACCGCCAUACUCAACCCGGAAGAGUCCGAGCCCAAGCAGGGCAGAUUAUUGUUGUUCCACUGGUCUGAAGGGAAGCUGGUGCAAGUGGCCGAGAAGGAGAUCAAGGGAGCUUGCUACUCGCUCGUUGAGUUCAACGGGAAGUUACUCGCGUCUAUAAACAGUACGGUGCGACUGUUCGAAUGGACAUCAGACAAAGAGCUACGACUAGAAUGCAGUCAUUUUAACAACAUAGUUGCACUGUUCCUUAAGGUCAAAGGUGAUUUCAUACUGGUCGGCGAUUUGAUGCGAUCCAUGUCUUUACUACAGUACAAACAAAUGGAGGGCAGUUUCGAGGAGAUCGCCCGCGACUACACGCCCAACUGGAUGACCGCCGUCGAGAUACUGGACGACGACACGUUCCUCGGCGCCGAGAACAGUUUCAACAUAUUCGUGUGCCAGAAAGACAGCGCGGCGACGACGGACGAGGAGCGGCAGCAGAUGAGCUACCUGGGCCAGUUCAACGUGGGCGACAUGGUGAACGUGAUGCGGCUCGGCUCGCUGGUGGGCCAGCACGCCGACACCGCCGCGCCCGUCUCCAACCCCGUGCUGCUGGCCACCGUCACCGGCGCCAUCUGCCUGGUCGUCCAACUAUCACAAGAGUUAUACGAAUUCCUUCACAAACUAGAAGAAAGAUUGACCCACACGAUAAAAUCGGUUGGCAAGAUCACGCACGUGUUUUGGCGGUCGUUCAACACGGACAUUAAGACGGAGCCCGCGGAGGGAUUCAUAGACGGAGACCUCAUCGAAAGCUUCCUCGAUCUCUCCCGGGAGAAGCAACAAGAGACGGUCAAGGGCUUGCAGAUCGAUGAUGGCGGCGGAAUGAAGCGGGACGCGACUGUAGACGACCUUAUAAAGAUAGUAGAAGACCUUACGAGAAUACACUAGAGCGAUAUAAUUGUUUCAUAUAAUAAAUACUUUACGUACUUCA